AUGUUGCUGCAAGCCGUCAAAAUUUAUUGGAAAACCAUUUUCAUUGUGAUCUACCCAUUAGUAUUACUUCCAGUUUUUUUAAACAACAACACAUCGGCCUUCAGAUGUCUGUACGUUGUGCUACUUAUGGCAGGUUACUGGGUCUUCGAGGUCCUUCCUCUUCCAGUUACCUCCCUUAUCCCCAUGGUAUUGUUUCCUUUAAUGGGAAUCUUAGAUUCAGAUAAAACUUCGUUGUGUUAUCUCAAAGAGACGAAUAUGAUGUUUGUGGGAGGUCUUAUUAUUGCCAUAGCAGUGGAACAUUGUAAUCUUCAUAAAAGGGUGGCGCUUUAUGUCAUCAAGCUCGUGGGGUGCAGUCCUAGGAGGUUGAAUAUCGGGUUGUGUUCGGUGACGAUGUUGAUCUCCAUGUGGAUUUCCAAUACUGCCGCUGCGGCUAUGAUGAUACCUAUUAUAGAAGCAACUUUGGCAGCUCUUGAAAAACAGGGUAUAGGCGAAGUCUUCGAAUGCCGCACUUUAAAAGAAGCAACUUUAUUAGCUCUUGAAGAACAAGGUAUUGGAGAAGUAUUCGAAAGCAACGAUUUAGAAGGUGAAAUAGCCAUCGAUAGUGAAGAAAGGGAAGAUACAAAAAGGCCAACGAGGACCACGAUGUGCUAUUUUAUUUCUACUGCCUAUGCUGCCAGUAUUGGAGGAAUGGGGUGCAUCAUCGGAUCUGGGACGAAUCUCACGUUUAAGGGAUUAUAUGAGACUUUAUUUCCAGAUAGCCCAGGUGUGGAAUUCACGAAAUGGAUGAUCCUCAACGUACCCCUCAUGCUCAUCAUGAUGUAUUUAGGGAUAAUCUGGAUGCAAUUUUGGUUCAUGGGACUCUUCAGGCCGAGCUCCGUAGACGCCAAAAAGAUCAGAGUGGGUCAGCAAGGUGCAGCUGUAGCUAAAAAGCUGAUCAAUCAUCAAUUGGAACAGCUGGGACCGAUGUCGUUCCAUGAAGGCGCUAUCGGAGUGUGUUUCUUGUUUUCGAUAUUGUUGUGGUUCUUCAGGAAGCCGCAAUUUGUGACCGGAUGGGCGGAACUGAUUACUAAUCAUAAGGU